AUGUCCGCUGCCACUCCCAACUUCGAGCUGGGCCGUGAGCCCCUCGCUGCAUCGCAAGAGCAGCAACAACAACAACAUUCUCUCGCCCACCACGACGAUGAAAAGAAGGGCGCCCUCGCCUCAUCAGACGACAGCGACUCUGACCGCAAUGGCGGCAUCGAUGGCGAGAACCCCACGUCGACUGCGACUGCCAAGCGCAAGUACGGCCAGCUCUCGGGUGUCGCCCUCAUCUUCGCGUGUGGAGCAUCGCUCUUCUCUGAUGGUUACGUCAACGCUAUCGCUGGUCCGGUCAACACGAUGAUCACAAAGUACUCGUACGCAGACGCGCCUGCCGAUGAGCUCAAGCGCUUUACGACGCUUUUCCCUUCGAUGGCUUUCGUGGGGACCGUCGUCGGUAUGCUGUCAUUUGGAGUUCUCGCCGAUACCAUUGGCCGCAAGUGGGGCAUGCUCGUCUGCUCCGCGGGCCUCAUCCUCUUCUCUAUCCUCGCCGCAGGAGCAUGGGGAGCUGGUGGCUCGACCGGCGGCCUCUUCGCAGCUCUGAUCGCCUAUCGCUUCCUCAUUGGCAUCUUCAUCGGCGGUGAAUACCCCUGCGGUUCAGUCGCCUGCGCCGAGAACACGGAGCAGGACAACAUCAAGAAAACGCGCCAGCAAGCAUGGUUCGUCCUUGCCACCAACUCGUGCAUCGACGUCGCCUUCAUUCUCGCCCCCUUCAUUGCCUUGAUCCUCGUCUGGAUCACGGGCGAAGGCGACCUCAACCCCGCAUGGCGAGUUCUCUUGGGUCUGGGCGCCAUCCCUCCCCUCUCGCUCCUCUUCUUCCGUGCCCGCAUGCGCGAGCCCGACUCGUACAAGAAGGCCGCCAUCCGCAAGAAGCUGCCCUGGUGGAUCAUCAUCAAGAAGUACUGGGUCCGCCUCACCGCCGUCUCCCUCGUCUGGUUCGCAUACGACUUUGUCUCCUACCCGGCCGGAAUCUACUCGUCCUUCAUCACCACCGAGCUCUUCCCCGACGCCGGGCUCAAGACGAACCUCGCCUUCUCCAUUGCCAUCUCCGCCUUCUACCUCGGCACGUUUGUCGGUGCGGCCGUCAUCGACAGGCUGGGCCCCAAGUACACGAUCAUGCUCUUCCUCGCGCUGCAGGCCGUCUUCGGCUUCGCCCUCGCAGGAGCAUUCGGGUACUGGCGCAACCACGUCGGCGGCUUGAUCGCCAUGACUGGUCUCUACAUUGCCUUUGGUGAGGCUGGACCCGGAAAUUGCCUAGGCUUGCUCGCAUCCAAGGCCGUAGCCCCUACUGCCGUGCGAGGACGAUUCUACGGCAUUGCCGCUGCCAUUGGCAAGGUCGGCGCCUUCGUUGGCACGUACACCUUUACGCCGCUGCAGGAGCGCUUCCCCGAGGACAGCGACAACUACUACGCUGCGCCCUACUACGUCGGCUCGGCCCUCGCUGUUGUGGCCUUCUUCCUCGUCUUGUUCUUCGUCCCGGCAGUGCAGACGGAUGGAAUCAGGAAGAUGGACGAGGAGUUCCUCACGCUCCUUCGCGAGAGCGGCUACGACAUGGACAAUGUAGGUUUGGACUCGACGAGCACGGGAGAGACGAUCGAGAGUGCCAACAAUGCGCCGCAUGUCACGCACAAGGAGCACUGA